CGGAGACGCGCAGUGUCCCUGUGCGUUCAGAGGAGGUACAGCCGCCGGCAGGAAGGGAGCGAGGACGAGGGGCGGAAGAAGAGACAGCAGAUCUACAUUUCAAGCAACCAUUCCUUCACUGCAGGUGUCCUUUGACUGCAAACCAUCUGCACAAAACAGCCCUUUACUGAAGAUUUCUUUUUAUUUGUUUUUCUUCCCCAAGACUAAAAGUCCUCAAAAUGUGUCGGAUCUAACGACUCCGGAUAGAAGAGGAAUAUCAGUUUUCCCUAGUGGAUGUGGACACUUAAACCGUGGAUAUGGAAAAGAUAGUGAAUUUAUCCGUUUCUGUUCUCCUGGUUUUAUGGGGAUGCGCGCUUGGAGGCUCGCCCAGUGUUCAGAUAGGGGGACUUUUUCCAAGGGGCGCGGAUCAAGAGUACAGCGCGUUUCGGAUAGGAAUGGUUCAGUUUGGAACCUCAGAAUUCAGACUGACGCCUCAUAUUGACAAUCUGGAGGUGGCCAACAGUUUUGCUGUAACCAACUGCUUCUGUUCACAGUUCUCUAGAGGAGUCUACGCCAUCUUCGGAUUCUAUGACAAGAAGUCUGUUAACACCAUCACAUCGUUUUGCGGGACACUACACGUCUCCUUCAUUACGCCCAGCUUUCCUCUGGAUGGAAAUCAGCAGUUCAUUAUCCAGAUGCGGCCUGACAUCAAGGGGCCCCUCCUUAGUCUCAUUGAGUACUACAAAUGGGACAAGUUUGCCUAUCUGUAUGACAGCGAUCGAGGCCUCACAACCCUGCAGGUUGUUCUAGAUACAGCAGCAGAAAAGAAGUGGCAGGUGACGGCCAUCAAUGUUGGGAACCUCAAAGAUGAGAGAAAGGAUGAGGCCUAUCGCUCGCUCUUCCAAGAUCUAGAGAACAAGAAAGAGAGGAGAGUGAUCCUGGACUGUGAACAGGACAAAGUGAAAGACAUCAUGGAUCAGGUCAUCACAAUCGGCCGACAUGUUAAAGGCUAUCACUACAUUAUAGCCAAUUUGGGUUUCGUCGAUGGGGACUUGUCCAAAAUUCAGUACGGAGGAGCCAACGUUUCUGGCUUUCAGAUUGUUGACUUUGAUGAUCCUCUGGUUUCAAAGUUUGACCAGCGAUGGGAGGCUUUGGAAGAAAAGGAAUAUCCAGGUGCUGACAAUAAAAUAAGGUACACAUCAGCGCUUACCUACGAUGCUGUUCAAGUAAUGACGGAAGCCUUUCGUUAUCUUCACAAACAACGCAUCGACUUCACAAGGAGGGCCAACACUGGUGACUGCCUGGCCAAUCCUGCUGUUCCUUGGGCUCAGGGAGUAGAAAUAGAGCGAGCACUUAAACAGGUUCGUGUAGAGGGCCUGACAGGCAACAUUCAGUUUGAUCAACAUGGCAAGAGAGUCAAUUACUCAGUGAAUAUAAUGGAAUUGAAGAGUAAUGGCCCUGUAAAGAUCGGAUACUGGAAUGAAGUUGACAAAAUGGCUGUCACCAAAUCUGAUGUCUUUACAAAUGACUCAACAGGAAUGGAAAACAAAACAGUUAUUGUCACCACCAUCUUGGAAGCUCCAUAUGUAAUGCUGAAAAAGAACGCUGACCUUUUUGUUGACAACGACCGCUACGAGGGUUACUGUGUUGAUCUGGCUGCAGAGAUAGCGAAGCACUGCGGCUUCAAGUAUCAACUGAAAAUAGUCGGUGAUGGGAAGUAUGGAGCAAGAGAUGCAGAAACCAAAAUCUGGAAUGGAAUGGUUGGAGAGUUGGUGUAUGGGAAAGCCGACAUUGCAGUGGCCCCUUUGACCAUCACAUUGGUGAGAGAGGAGGUGAUUGACUUCUCUAAACCCUUCAUGUCUCUGGGGAUUUCUAUCAUGAUCAAGAAGCCGCAGAAAUCCAAACCUGGAGUCUUCUCUUUCUUGGACCCACUGGCUUAUGAGAUCUGGAUGUGUAUUGUUUUUGCCUACAUUGGUGUCAGCGUGGUCCUAUUCCUAGUCAGCCGCUUCAGCCCCUACGAGUGGCACACUGAGGAGUAUGAGGACGGGCAGAUCCAGACCAAUGAAUCGACUAACGAGUUUGGCAUAUUCAACAGCCUUUGGUUCUCCCUUGGAGCUUUUAUGAGACAAGGCUGUGACAUCUCACCUAGAUCGCUGUCGGGGCGUAUUGUUGGUGGCGUAUGGUGGUUCUUCACUUUAAUCAUCAUCUCCUCCUACACGGCUAACCUGGCUGCUUUUUUGACUGUUGAGAGAAUGGUUUCUCCCAUUGAAAGUGCAGAAGACCUGGCAAAACAGACUGAAAUAGCUUACGGUACUCUGGACUCUGGCUCCACUAAAGAGUUUUUUAGGCGCUCAAAGAUUGCCCUCUUUGACAAAAUGUGGACAUACAUGCGCAGUGCAGAACCCUCUGUGUUUGUGAAAACCACAGCCGAGGGGGUUCAGAGGGUUCGCAAGUCCAAGGGGAAGUAUGCCUACCUGCUGGAGUCCACCAUGAAUGAGUACAUCGAGCAGCGAAAACCCUGCGACACCAUGAAGGUGGGAGGCAACCUGGACUCCAAAGGCUACGGGAUCGCCACGCCCAAAGGAUCCUCAUUAAGAACGCCAGUAAACCUUGCGGUAUUGAAACUCAGUGAGCAAGGCGUCUUAGACAAGCUGAAAAACAAAUGGUGGUACGAUAAGGGUGAAUGUGGAGCCAAGGACUCUGGAAGUAAGGAGAAGACAAGCGCCCUAAGCCUGAGCAACGUGGCUGGGGUCUUCUACAUUCUGGUCGGAGGACUCGGUUUGGCCAUGCUGGUGGCCUUGAUUGAGUUCUGUUACAAGUCCCGAGCCGAGGCGAAACGAAUGAAGAUGACCUUUGGGGAUGCCAUGAGGAAUAAAGCAAGACUUUCCGUCACCGGGAGUACUGGGGAGAAUGGUCGGGUGAUGACUCCAGAGUUUCCUAAAGCUGUCCACGCUGUCCCUUAUGCGAGACCUGACAUGGGACUAAACGUCAGCCUGACAGAUCUAUCCUGAUCAAUGAGAAACUCCUGUGUGCCUUACAAUGGUUUCGACAGAACUUUUUUUUUGUUUUUUUUUUCUCUCUCUCUUUAUUUAGCCCUUCCUCCUCCUUCUGUUCUGGCACUUUUCUUUUUGUCUGUCUGGUGAAAAUGGAAAGGUAGGAAAUGGAAGCUUCACUUUGUCUCUCACAAAGACUUGUGUUGUUGCCCUCUAUCUCCAUUUCUCACCACAUAAAAUAGCCUCCAAUUCUUGGUGGAAUUCCCUCUUGGAGAGAAGGGUGGCUCUCAUUUUCAAAACUGGUGACACCAUCCUUUACUAUCUAUCUACUUGGUCUGGACUGAGACAGAAGCAAGGGCUUGAUUGACAACUGCUGUUGCUUCUAGGAGUCAGAGGUUCAGUCAUCUCAGCUGUGUUUUGUGUGUGUGAAGAGCGAUUGUGUGUGUGUUUGUUUGCGUAAUGGGCAAAUGUUGUAAAAAAACCAAACAAACAAACAAAAAAAACCAUUGUUUCUGUAGCCAUCGUCAAACAGGAUUUUCAAGCACAUUUGAUAUCAUCUGCAUUAAGAUGUGAAACUGUCCUCUUUUCUAAGAAAAUUAGCAGAAAAAGUUUAUUGGGAAAAAAAAAAAUAUUUCUAUGUAUUUUCACAAAAUAGCUUUUAAAUAAACUUGCUUACAUACUGGUUGGAUAUAAACAUCUUAAUAUGUGAGUAUAAAGAGAGAAAAAGUACUAAACAGCUUCUAGUUCCAUAUUUUAAAGCCAAAUACAUUGCAUAUGAGGAUGAGAUGUUAGUCAUGUAAUUAAUUCCUAUUAUAAACUUUCCUGUAUAUUUUAUUCUUUAACAUUUUGGUGUUGGAUAUGAACUAUAUGUCAACGUUUGACAUUGGAAUCAAUCCUAUUUUUCUUGUUAGAGUUGGUGCAGCAGUUUUGCUUUUCUCUUUUGUCUCUUUGUUUUGCUUCAGUGCUUUUGCUGUUUGUAUUUUUUCUGAUGAGGACCAGGGGUGUCGCUCUGUAUUCAGGAGGAAAUGAAUCUGUUUACAUGAAAGUAUGGGAAAUACAGUAUAAGUAUGAUAUGGUAUAUCUGCGUUAACAUUUCAAAGUGACAUCACAAGGAGGCAUCCACAUACACAUGGUUUGUGUGAUGGUUUCAAAUGCCAAAUAAGUAAGAGUGCCAAAUUCUAGUGCCAGUAGAUAUCAAUAUAGUCUUAAUAUAAUCAAUCACUGUCAUGUCAGUGAAUGUAAAUGACUUCAAUACAUUCUGUAACUUUUGUAACUAGAUGUACAGUUGGUGGCAAUGACAGUGCUAAUACAAUUCUGCUAUGUUUUCCAGUCUCCAUGUAUUUUGCAUUGAUCUAACAAUGAAGUAGCACCAGUUGCAUGUUGUUGCCGCAGAUACCAUAUGUUAAUUUCAUUUCUGCCAAACAUGCAUUUACAUUUUCCUGUUAAAGUUGUGAGGUAAAUUGUUUAAAAUUGGCAACACAAUGUAAGACAUAUAUACAUACAAAA